AUGCUAGUAGCUCUCAUAAUAUCCGUUGAGGCUGGUCUCCUUCCUAAAAAAAGAACUGUCCGAAUCACCAACGCCUUGGGAGUCUACGGAGACCUCGUUGUUCAUUGUAAAUCCAAGGACGAUGAUCUUGGCGAUCGCGUACUUCAUCCUGGGGAGAGCUUUGAGUUUCGUUUUAGGCAAAAUAUUUUUGGAACCACACUGUUCUUUUGCAGCUUUAGAUGGUCAAGAGAGUUUCAUUACUACGAUGUCUACAGAGCAGAUAGAGAUGGAUGUAGCAAAUGUUAUUGGACUGUUUAUUUUCUUGGCAUUUGUUUUCAUGAUCAGAAUUGUUAUCCAUGGCCGGUCCAGUCGGGCAAGUUCAUCAACCCCUAG